UGCUUACUACGCUCGAACAUAAACAAAGGCAGGACAUUUCUCCUUUCUGCUCCCGCAGUUUUAUACACUCACGGAUCUAAAACAACAUUUAAAAACCUCCAAUAUCCGCCAUCAUGGAGAAUGCAUUAUUAAUGCGAGUGAGCGUGUUUACCGACCAAGGAGGCAGGAAAUACAUGGAAGAUGUGACCGAGGUGAUAGUGGAGCCCGAGCCGGGGGAAGAGGAGCCGGCGCCGGGAGAGGGAGAGGAGAGCAGCGAGGGGGCUGCGGAGACGGAUCUACACUUCACCUCCGAGCCCGAGGAGACCACGGGGCUGACACACGGCCCCUGUGAACCGGGGGAAGCGGGAUGCAACCAUGCAUUCGUGCAGACGUGUCCGCCGGGCAGCCCGGCUGCAGGUCCGGGGAGCCCGGCUGCAGGUCCGGGGAGCCCGGCUGCAGCUCCGGGCAGCCUGGCUGCAGCUCCGGGCAGCCCGGCUGCAGCUCCGCCGGGGGCCGGAGGACCUGCGGGCUGCAGCCCCGGCCAACACCCCCACCACCCCCGCAGAUCCGUGGCCUUCUUCGCCGUGUUCGACGGCCACGGGGGCCGCGAGGCCGCGCUGUUCGCCCGGGACCAGCUGUGGGAGUUCGUGAAGAAGCAGCGGGGGUUCUGGUCCGACUGUGACCGGGAGGUGUGCGCCGCCAUACGGAAGGGGUUCGUAGCCUGCCACCACGCCAUGUGGAAGAAGCUGCCUGAAUGGCCCAAAACCCUGACAGGCCUCCCCAGCACCUCCGGCACCACGGCCAGCGUUGUGGUGCUCAGAGGAAACCGGAUGUACGUGGCCCACGUUGGGGACUCCUCUGUGGUUCUGGGGGUCCAGGACGACGCCUCAGUCCCCUUCAUCAGAGCCGUGGAAGUCACACAAGACCAUAAACCUGAACUACCCAAAGAGAGGGAGCGUAUUGAAGGUCUUGGUGGGAGUGUGAUUAAGAAGUCUGGAGUGAACCGGGUGGUCUGGAAGAGACCCAGACUGAGCCACAACGGCCCGGUCCGGCGCAGCACCGUCAUCGACCAGAUUCCCUUCCUGGCCGUAGCCAGGGCUUUAGGUGAUCUGUGGAGCUACGACUUCUACAGCGGGGAGUUUGUGGUUUCUCCAGACCCCGACACUAGUGUGGUGGUUCUUGACCCCCAGAAACAUCGCUACAUCAUCCUGGGUAGUGACGGUCUGUGGAACAUGGUGCCGCCUCAAGAAGCCAUCUCCAUGUGUCAGAACAACGACGAGGACAUGGCGCCGUGCGGGUCGUCGAGCGCGAGGCAGCUGGUCAGCCACGCUCUGCUGCGCUGGCGCCAGCGAAUGCUGCGUGCCGACAACACCAGCGCUAUCGUGAUCACCCUGCAGGAGCCCGGAGACUCUCAGGAAACACUGCACCACGAAGAAGUGCUGCUGGACCUGUCCAAGGUGUCCCAGUGUCCUCCACCCUCCUUAUCCCGCGCAGACACUCCUCUCCUUCAGCAUCCUCAGGAGGAAGACUCUACCUCUGCCGUGUGUGACUUCCUCCCUGCUCUGGAGCGACGGGACGGGCUCUCGGGGAGCAGCAGCCUGUACCACACGGAUCUUUCCGAGCCCUUCGCUCUGACUCCACGGUGUUCCAACCACAGCCCCGAGCCGGCCGGCCACUCGCAUCCAGCCGACAGGACGAUAAGCAGCAGGAGAGCCAGCAGCAAAAGGACUACCAACCAACCAGCGCCUUCAGCUGUGUUGACAAAAAAGGGCCGGCGCAGGACUCGUGGCAGGCUGCCGUUGGUCCAACACAAUGCGGAGAAGACGCAGAAGGAGUCUAACAACGUGUCUCCAGUUCUCCAGCCGCAUAACAAGACCAGCGUGUGUGUGUACUGACACACUGACGCUCUGCAGGUCAAAGUAACCUGGCUUUAAACGUGCUCACACUCGUCUUGGAUGAAUUCUCUUUGUGUCUUUGUUUUCCAGUUCUGUCCUGAAAUGCUGAUGAAGGAGCAGUGUGUAGGAUGUAGCGCCAUCUAUUGGCCAAAGUGCAUAUACAGGACUGUCUCAGAAAAUUAGAAUAUUGUAAUAAAGUUCUAUAUUUUCUGUAAUCCAAUUAAAAAACAAACAAAAAUGUCAUACAU